AUGAACAACCCCAUGCUCGCCGAGUGGAUCUACGCAACUUUCAAGGCCCGGGUCAGCCGUGCCACACUCGCCCGACUGCGCAACCUGCCUUCUUCCUACUUCAGCCACGUCGACCUGAGUGCGACCAAGCGGCGCCGAGUGAAAUUCCCUCAGUUCGAGCGGGAACUGAGAGAAUUUUUCUUUCUGAACGAAGCUAAAACGGCGAUGGCGGACGACGUGCUCCUGCUGAAGGCGCAUGAGCUGGCGGAGCGCUUAGGCAUCGAUGCCACGCAGCUCCGGCUAAGCAACGGCUGGCUUCCAAGCUUUAAGAAGCGCAAUGGGAUCCGCUCCCAUACGCUACACGGCGAAGGUGGCGCUGUAGAAGCUGAUGAAGUGCGAGAUGCGAGGCUAGAGCUACAAGAGUUGGUGGCGCAGUUUACACCCAAGAAUGGCAAGAAAAAGGAGAAGCAACGUUUGACUUUGGCCUUCUACUGCAACGCGACUAGCUCCGACAAGCUCGACCCAAUAGUCAUCGGUACGGCCAAGAACCCGAGGUGCUUUAAAAAGGGAGCGGCGAUUAAAGGUAAAUCUAUAUUGUACAAGUCCUCCAAGGACGCCUGGAUGACAUCCGUCAUUUUUGACGAAUGGCUGCACCUCUUCAACAUGAGAAUGGCGGCCGCCAAUCGCAAGGUCCUACUUCUAGUCGACAAUGCUUCAUGCCACAAGAUUCUACGAAACCUGACUCAUGUGACUGUUCACUUCCUCCCUCCUAACAUGACAUCCGCCGUACUGCCGCUGGAUGCAGCUAACAUUACACGCAAGCUCAACGUACUGGAAGCUGUCCAAUUCUCCAUUGAUGCUUGGGCGGGUGUGACGCCAACGACAAUUACAAAUUGCUGGGUCAAGACUCGCAUUUUGGGAGGAAAGAUGCUAGGAAGGACCCGUGCUGACACGGAUUACAUUGAGGAGGUAUCCAGCAACGAGAUGGAGGAGUUAACGGCGAUGCUAUCGAGGUGGGAGGGCGCUGUUAGCGCUAGUGAGUAUCUGGCAGUGGACGAAGACGUUCCUGUGCACGAGCCAGAUGUGCUAGUGGACGAAGCGGCAGGAAGUGAUGCAGUUUCGCAGGACGAGCAGGAGGAAGAGGAGGAACAGGAACCCGCAGUUCAACCUGCCAUUGCUCUGAGACACUGCAUGGAGCUGGCUGCAUUUCUGCUGCAAUGCGGAGAGCAGACUGACAGAGAUCGAAGAGCUUUACAGACCGUGACCGCUUUGGUUCGAGAGACUACGACUCGGUGCUGUCUCUCGGGGCUGGUGGUGUUCGCAGACUCGGUGACGCUUGAGGAGAUGGUGGCUGGUGAUGCGUUCGGAGCUGGAGUUUUUGCGGGGCUCGCGGACGUGGUGGUGCUCGUGCAGUUAGUGACGCUCUUGGACUCGGUGGCGCUCGCGGACGUUACUCACUCGCUCGUGGUGUACACAGAGCUGGAGGGGCUCAUGUGGAUGGUUGUGGGUGUGAUCUCGGUGGUGCUCGUGGACUCGUUGGUGCUCGUGGACUCUGUGGUGCUCGCGAACUCGUCGCUGGUGGUGGCCGUGGGCUCGGUCGUGCUUGCGGACUUGUUGGUGCUCACGGGGCGUGCGAUGUUCUUGGAGCUUGUGGUGCUCGUGGCCUCAGUGGUGCUCCUCAUGGCGCACUUGGAGCUCGUGCUGCUCUCCCAGCUCAUGGCGCACUUGGAGCUCGUACUGCUCUCCCAGCUCAUGGCGCAGUUGGAGCUCUCUGUGGUGCUCGCGGAUGCAGCGUUGUUUUCGGAGCUCGUGGUGCACUCCGAUCUGGCGGUGCUCAUGUCGUUGAAGCUGGUGGUGCUCUGGUGCAUCGAAGCGUUUGCGAAUCUUGCUUCCCCAGUCAAGCAGCUCAUCCUGACAUUCAAGCUGCGAGUGCAGAGUGGAAUGUACCCGCUCCAGUUCUUGGUGGACGAUGUGUUGCGGUGCGACAGCAAGCGUGUCGCGGUAGUACAUCAGCAGAGUCGCGGUAAGACAGUCCGCGAAACCUUUCGGCAAGCGUAG